CCUCCGUCUGAGCUCAGAUCAUCUGAGCUUCAUCAGGCAGAUGUUGGUUCUUCUCUGUCACAGUCUGGAGACACUGAAGCAUCUCACACGUCUGUAUCUGGAUCUUAAAGAUCUUCUGGACCAUGAUGGUGGAGCAGCAGGUGCAGCAGGUGCAGCAAGUGCUGGUGUUUGUCCUGCUGCUGAUGAUGAUGGGAAUCUGUCCGUGCUCAUCAUCAGGUGAAGGUUCGUCCUCGUCUCGGGAGGCAGGUGAUGUCCCGCUGUCCCAGCUGAGGAUGCUCUCGCUGGGCCUGGCUCACCUGCUGCGGAGCGUGGAGGAGAACUCCAGGCAGCUGGAGCUUCAGGGGGAGCAGGCGGCAGCAGAGCUCGACGGCGCCACCAAGAGUCUGGACAACGUCCUGAAGCAGAGACUACAGACGGGACGGACUCACAGACAGGCGAGGAAGGACCUGCAGAUGCUGAGCGCCCGUGGGGACAGACUGUGGAGGACGGUCAAAGAGCUGCAGAGCGGCCUGGACGACGUGGACACGGAGCAGAGGAACCUGCAGCACCGGACCAACCGUGUCCUCCAGGCGCUGAAGACCCUGACGCAAGAGCCGAGGUCACGGGGUCAACUGGACUUCAGCUCCAUGAAGGUCAUCGUGGACAAACAGGCACAACGACUCGCCGGUCUGUCCUCGCAGCUUUCAGCCCGGGACAGACUGAUGGACAGACGCCAGCUGCGCAUCGAACAUCUGGAGAAACACGUCCACGACCUCGGGACGUCUGAUAGAGUCUCCACCAGUGAGGUCACAUCCUGACUCUGACUGUGUUUGACCGUCACAGCUGCAUCAACACGGAAAACUCAGCAACAAUAAUAAUAAUAACUUAAAUGUGACAAUGUCUACAAAGUGAGUUGUCGAUAAAGAGUUCAAAAUUAAACGUUCUUUCUUAAAACUGAA